AUGCAGGUUGACGAUCCAUCGCCAGACAAGCCAAGUGACGACGAGCGGGACUCACAUCCAGAAGAAGCCGAACCUUCGCAUGUCACUCCUCGGCGUCGCGGUCGGCCCCGGAAAGGCAAGGCAUCGGCCAACUCGCCACGACCCAAAUCCGACGGGGUCAGCACUCCAAAAACCGAUCCGGGCUCCGUGGAAGGCAACGAGCCAUCGGAUUCCAAAAAGAGCCUCGCCCAGCAGGUCUUGGGACAGUCAUCACGAAAGCCUGCGGUCGUCGCCAAAGAUGCCGUCACCGAAGACGGCCAGAAUGAAGAACUCGACCCGCGCGGCGAGAAAAAGGUCGAUGUCGACGGCAAUCUGAAAGGAGCACGCAAGUACAAAGUCAAGACCUUUGUUCUGCCGCGACAUCCCUCCCGUCUCUAUAUGCUCUCGAUGGACGUCUCCAAGGCCCUCGGCUUCCGCGACUCGUACAUCUUCUUCCUGAGAAACCCCAACUUUGUUCGCUUCAACGCGGACGAGCAGGACAGACAAAAGCUGAGCGAUACCAACAUGCUCCCCUCGCAGCUCAAGGGACGCGAGGUCGCUUUGGUGACCGCCCGCAGCAUCUUCCGCACUUUUGGUUACAAAAUCGUCAAGGGUGGUCGGCCGAUUCGGGACGACUAUUUCGUCGGCGAUGCGGAGGAGCCCGAGGACGAUGGAAUUUACGAAGAGUCGGAGGACGAGGAUAUACGCAGAAGGGAUAUAGCCAUCGAUCGGUCGCUGUUCUCCAACACUCCGCCACUCCGACUCGAUCGUCCCGACAGAGCAACGCCGCUAUUUAAUCGCAAUACCAGCGGUACUUUGCCUCCACACACGCUCACUCGAGCUCAGUGGGUCAGCCAGUGUGCGAGCUCGGCGGCCGAGUUCAAUUCUCGACUUCGUGCGGCCCGCCAGGACACAUUCUUCGACGUCCAUACCGGCCAUAUCCACAUCGCAUCGCGCGUCCACGCGAUUGUGGUUUCGACUCAGAUACUAGCGCCGUCGGAUGGAACUUCGACUGAAAAACACUGGUCCACACUGUGUGACUCGCUGCAACGCCCCACUUACCCACUGACUAUCAUGCCCGGGCAGCAUCAGGAUGUACUCCCAAUCCAAAGACAAGCUCUCGCGAAGAAACCGAGCGCCACGCUGCCGCAGAUGCGAUCGAUGCUGCUGCCUCCUCGAGCAUAUCCCUUGGACACCACAGCAAAGACGAAGGCGCUCAACGUUUUUGCUGAUUCUGGAUUCAAUCGGAGCGGAAACGCCGAAUCGGCCAUAAGUACCGAGUCAGUGGCUUCCGAAGUCGCUUCUCCUGCCAGCACGACUGACGUCAAGUUCGACUUGUGCUCGCACUGCCAUAUGGCAAUUGCGCCACCGUCGUCAUCCUCAGCCAAGGUCACGGGCGCAGAAAUCAACCCCACCACCCUCUUGACGUGCUCAGGAUGUAAGCUCAAGCUCCAUCCAUCGUGCGUCGAAAUAGACGACCCCGUGAUCGUUGCCAAAGUGCAGACCUACGACUGGCACUGCAGCAACUGCAAGAUGUGCACCGUGUGCCACGAGGCCGGGGACGAGGCCCAGCUCCUGUUUUGCGAUACAUGCGAUCGUGGAUACCACAUGUACUGUCUAUCGCCGCCCUUGGAUGGCCUCCCCGAAGGGCAAUGGCUGUGUGAGCAGUGCGCCCUCUGUAUCUCAUGUAGCAAGCGCUCCACCACCAACUACGAGCAGUACAAGCAUGUCCUCGGAUCGCUAUCCAGCCAAGAUUCGUCGUAUGCCGCCUCCGGCAACUCUGGGUUCAAGUUUUAUGUCUGUAGCUACUGCUCCGAUUGCUUCGAGCACUUUACUGCCAACAAAUACUGCCCGUUCUGCAUGAAGAUCUCUGCCCCCGACAACGAAGACGUUGCAAUGGCCCACUGUGGAAGCUGCGCUAGGUGGGUCCAUGCUGACUGCGAUCCGAACUUGACCGAAGCCCGGUACACCGCUCUGGUCGAAGGCACUGGUCCGGCAUAUACAUGUUCUCUCUGCGAUACCAAGAAAGUCCGCGGAUUCGCCAAGGACCGAGCAACCACCACAGGCGUCACCCAUCGGAUCCUCGAGUCGCAGGGCCGAACGAUAGUUGCCCCGCCGCUGUCACAGGAUCGUGUGGGUGGUGUUUGA